UUCCACUACUCGGCGAUCGAAGGGGGGACCCGGCAGUGUGGGUCCGACCGUACCAUUAAGCAGCUGGGCGGGGGUGAGGGAGUUAGAGGGGCGUAGGGCGCCAUUGGGCACCACGCUCCGAGGACAUGAAAAUGGCGGCCUUAGGGUCGCCGGCACGCACUUUACGAGGCCUUCUACGGGAGUUGCGCUACAUGAACGCGGCCACUGGCCGACCCUAUCGCGACACUGCAGCCUAUAGGUACCUCGUGAAGGCUUUCCGUGCGCAUCGGGUUACCAGUGAGAAGUUGUGCAGAGCCCAACAUGAGCUUCAUUUCCAAGCUGCCACCUAUCUCUGCCUCCUACGCAGCAUUCGAGAACAUGUGACCCUUCAUCAGGAAUUUCAUGGCAAGGGUGAGCGCUCAGUGGAGGAGUCUGCUGGCUUGGUGGGUCUCAAGUUGCCCCAGCAACCUGGAGGGAAGGGCUGGGAGCCAUGAGAAUGGAGAGAUUCCUUGGAUGCUGCCUUCAUACAAGAACUUAAUCAUUUCUAUGUAUUUAUCAUUAAAUUUGUUUCUAAGUUUAGGGUUUUUCUCUAAUUUUGUCAACUGAGUGUUUCUUAGGUUUUAUUCUUAGUGAAUUUACUGAACUUCUUACAUUAGGCUGAUUGAUGCUCUUCAUUUUUUUAAAACUUUAUUAUUUUUAUUUUUAAAGUAUACAAACCUAUUGUGUUAAGUAAUUCAAAUGGUAUAGAAUAUAAAAUAAAAGCUUCCUUUUCUUUUCCCUUGUC